AUGUCGGUGGAUCCAAUUUUGACUGUUAAAAAUUCUCCGAUCAUAUCUGCAGAAGACAAGUGGCACUUUGCUAUGGAAUGUGAUAUCAUGGGAGAGCCCGAACGAGCAAAGCAGUUUUUGUUGGAGAAUAUUGCAUCAAGUAAGCAGGAUCCUGAUAAAUGGUUGGAUUACGCGGCGUUCCAUUUGAGCAAGAAUGAUCCCGAUAGUGCUUUAGAAUGCACUGAAAAAGCAUUAGGAUUCAAUCUAAGACAUAAAAUGAGCAUGCUGCUUCAUGGAAUACUAUUAGCAGAACGCGGUGAAUAUAAAAAAGCUGAAACUUUUCUCUUAGGAUUGACAACUUUUUACCCACAUUUUAUGGAAGGAUGGGUCGUUCUGCAUUUGUUUUACCAAAAAACUGACUACAUUUGUGGAAUGGAUGCUACUUUGCAAUAUGCCUGUGAAAUCCAUACAAGCGGAUUGGCGCAUUCACUACCCAAUUAUUUCACAACUAGAGAUUAUUUAAUUUGGUGUUGGCAAGCUGAAAAUAAAAUUGGAAUCUUCUUACCAACAGCUGCACUUCUAUUAAAACUGAAGGCUUUUGAAUUUGCAGAGCUUUGUUUGGCUGAGGAACUGAGUGUAAAUAAAGAAUCUUUUGGAUAUUUAUAUUUACUAUCCGUACUACGUUAUUACCAAGGAAUAUUUGAUGACUGUUUUAUCCUGUUGGCCAAAGCUACAGAAAAUAAAGGACAAGAGUAUAGGAUACUGAGUCUAGAAGGGCACUGUUUAUUCUCAACAAAUCAGUUUGAAGAUGCUCAGAGAAAAUAUGAACUUGCCUGGCAUAAUUCGUCCAGGGGUGAAAAACCCAUACACCUCGUUACCCUGCGCUUAGCAGAUUUUUACAGAAAACAAGGAAACCAUGGCUUGUCGAAUAAUUUAUUAAUUCAAUCAUGUAAAACCAGAAAAACACCCAGACUUUGGCUCCGUAUUGGAAUUACGAAUUAUCGUAGGGGUAACUUUGGGUUAGCCGAAAAGGCGUUACGUGAAGCAAAUGUUUUAGACCCUCAUUUGCCAGAGGUUUGGGGUUACUUAGCACUGCUGUCGUUAAGCCAGUGCAGAUACCAGGAAUUUCAACAAUGCUACAAGUUUGCCAAAAAAACAAAUUUAAUGGAUGAGAAAAUUUGGGAAGAAAUUCGGCUGCUCCGCGAGCAACUAAACUAUCCAGACCCAGAACCUCUUUAA